GCUAGACAAUUGAACAGUUGAAACUUUUGCCUACAGCUAGAAUCCCCGACCAAACGCCAAUCUUCCUUAAACCGUAUCUUUUCACUUUUGUAGCAUUGGCACAGCACAUUUUAACAUCUAAAUUGAACAUAGUAUUGUUCAGCUACAUAAUUUGCCACCUCAUAGUGUUAUUCUAAACUCAUGGCUUGGCCUUGUGUGUGUGCGAGUUUGACAUCAGUGAUGUUGGGAUUGGUGGUGUUGAGUUUAGCUUCACAAAGUUGCUAUGGUUUGGGCACAUUUGGGUUUGACAUACACCACAGGUUCUCGGAUCCUGUUAAGGGGAUUCUAGGAAUUGAUGAUGUUCCUGAAAAGGGAACUCCUGAAUACUAUGCUGUUAUGUCUCACAGAGAUCGCAUAUUCCGGGGCCGGAGACUCGCCGCCGGCCACCACACUCCUCUCACUUUCGCCGCCGGCAAUGAAACUCUCCGGAUUAAUUCCUUAGGAUUUUUGCAUUUUGCCAAUGUUUCUGUUGGGUCACCACCUUUAUGGUUUUUGGUAGCUUUGGAUACAGGGAGUGACUUGUUUUGGAUACCUUGUAAUUGUACCAGUUGUGUCACCGGUUUGAGGACACUAAGUGGAAAGACAAUUAAGUUUAAUAUCUAUGACCCUGAUAAGUCAUCUACAAGCCAAAAAGUUUCAUGCAACAAUAGCAGCUUUUGUAAACAAAGACAGUGUCCUUCAUCUGGCAGCAGUUGCCGAUAUCAGGUUGACUAUCUUUCAAAUGGUACUUCAUCCAGUGGAUUGUUGGUACAGGAUGUGUUGCACUUAAUUACAGAUGAUGAUCAAACAAAAGAGGCUGACACAAGAAUCACUUUUGGUUGUGGCCAAGUUCAAACUGGUGUGUUUCUAAGUGGAGCAGCUCCAAAUGGUCUAUUUGGACUUGGAAUGGAUAAUAUAUCUGUUCCUAGCAUCUUAGCCAAAGAAGGGCUUAUUUCAAAUUCUUUUUCAAUGUGUUUUGGAUCUGACGGUUCUGGAAGAAUCACUUUUGGGGAUACUGGCGGCCCCAACCAAGGAAAAACACCAUUCAACAUCAGGACAUUGCAUCCAACUUACAACAUCACCAUAACCCAAAUUAUUGUGGGAGAUAGUGUUGCUGAUCUCGAGUUUCACGCAAUUUUUGACUCUGGUACCUCGUUUACAUACAUAAAUGACCCAGCUUAUACACUACUUGGUGAGAAGUUCAAUUCACUUGUCAAAGCAAAUCGGCAUUCAUCUCAAUCACCUGAUUCGAAUAUCCCUUUUGAGUAUUGUUAUGACAUAAGUCCAAAUCAGACAAUUGAAGUUCCCUUUUUGAAUUUAACGAUGAAAGGUGGAGACGAUUAUUAUGUCAUGAAACCCAUAAUACUAGUUGAUAGUGAGAAAGAAGGAAACCUUCUUUGUUUGGGAAUCCAGAAAAGUAACAGCGUUAAUAUCAUCGGACAAAACUUCAUGACUGGUUACAAAAUAGUCUUCGAUCGUGACAACAUGAAUCUUGGUUGGAAGGAAUCUAAUUGUUAUGACGAUGUGCUGUCGAAUACAUCACCAGUUCCAUCGCACUCUCCUGCUGUUUCUCCUGCUCUCGCUGUGGAUCCCGUGGCUACAUCAAAUCCAUCGAUUAAUCCACCUAAUCGAUCAUUCAGGAUUAAACCUACUUUAACAUUUAUGAUGGUCGUUUUUCCACUUUUAGCAAUUUUUUGAGCAUUCGUCUGUCCAUUCCAUCAUGUAUUAUUUUUUUAAGUUGAUCACACGUGAAGCAUAUUGCUUCGCUUGAUUUCAGUCAUAAUAGCUUCUGAUGGGCUUGUAAAUAAUGUACCCAGCAUAGUCGUAAAAUUGAGAAAUUUUGGUUCUUAUAUGAUACGUUAUUAUAGCAUAGUUAUAAUACGGUUCUUGUAUCAA